AUGAAGCUGACUCCAAAACGUUUUCGCAUUAGGUGGGACAGCUCCGACCCUGAUCGCGCUCCUCCACCAUUACCCCUCAAUCCAGGCGCAGCAAGCCCAGCUACGAAACCGAACACAUCCAAAAGUAUAUCUCUCGCUGCCGAGAAGCUUGCUGCCAAAGCUAGAGAGAGCAAUUACACAACCAAUUCCUCCCCAACAAAAUCACCUGACAAAUCAAUUCCCAAAGGCCAUAAGCGCUUGGAGUCCCUACAAAAUGGAACCUUACGAAACAGAAAUUCCUACACCGACGCGCUCAGAUCGCUAGACCGGACGCCUUCUCCAGAGAAGACUGAUUGGACGCCGCGCACUCCUGGCCUCGAUGGCGAAAACAGAUCACCUGAGAGGGGUUCCGGCCGAUCGAGUACACCAACUCCUGCUGGAAGGGACACUGGAAAGGAAACUCCAAGCAUAAGACCCUCGAGGCCUCCAUUAAGACCGAUACUGGGGGAGAAUUCUCCAUCUUCUGCGACAAUGCUAGCUCUGCAAAAUAUGGCUGUGCCAAAGGAUAUUGAUACUUCCCUCUCGGAUGUCACUAACAAACCGAACUCGGGCAUCCGUCCACCUCAGUCAUUUGACGCAAUCUCAAGCCAAAUUCUAAGUCUGACAACGAUUGCUACCAGCUUGCAAAAAGAAAUGGCACAACUGAGCAGAAGAAGCAAAGACAACGCUACAGAUCUGAUAAGUCUCAAAGAAGCGACUAACUUGCGCGACGAGGACAUUCGCAAAAGCCUUAAAGAUCUCUCGGUCAAUCUCUCUUCCAGACUUCUAGAUCCUGAUCGAGAUCACAGCUCUCGCGCGGCGAGCAGUUUCGGUCACAGGCCGGGAAGCUUUCUGCUAGACAGUAAGCCCCAUAAUUUCGACGGAUCGCUUCCAAAGAGCUUUUCGGUUCCAAGAAUGGGCAGUCCCGGAUUUAAUGCUUCAGACAUUUCGGGCUCGACAUACAAUGUAGAAACCCCUGCAGGAAUUGCCUUGCUAGAGAAGAUUUGGCGAGACAUGGGUACAAAAGAAGGGCAAGAAGCAAUAUCGUCAGCACUGUCGGGACUGAAGGACGCUUCGAAGAUUGACAAGAAUGACCCACAAGUCAUGAAAAAGCUGGAAGAAAUACUCAUUUCCCUACAAGAGAGUGCGGGUAGCCGAGCAUUAGUAUCACUGCGUAAUGGCCAGCAAGCGCCCACUUUUGAUGGCAACUCAGACCUUCGACCAGCGCCACUGUCCAGAGCCUCCAGGGACAUUGCACCUCAGCAAAGUAGUCCAAAGGCUGGCAUAACGCCGAAGGCUGCUGAGUUCGUCAAUGAAGAUUUGCAAAAGCUUCUCAAGAAAAUGAAAGAUAGCAUCACUGAAGGUGGCGGAAUGACAGCGGAAGUCAAAGCCCAUUUGAAAGAGCUGCGAGGCGAGGUGCUUGGAAUGGGCCGCGAUAUCGCGCGGAAACUAGACCAAGCAGAAUCCACCAGUAAAGGAAAUAGAGACGACGCUCUAGGACCAGGACGUGAAGAAAUCGCGCAGAUCGUAGAGGAUGGCCUGAACGAGUUGAGGAGUCAUAUGGAAGAACUGAUACGCGAAAGGAGGCGCCAAUCGGCGUCGUCCGUAGCUUCUCGGCAUUCAGUUGACAGUCAGGAAGUCUAUACUGCUGUCAAGAAUGCACUGGUAGAGUUCCCCGCGCAACAACUAGCAUUGCAAGCCCCUCAGGCAGGUAUUGAGCGUGACGAGAUUCUUGACGCCGUUCGCGAGGCUUGGGAAACCUACAAGCCUGAGAUUGAGCUCCAAAACUUUGGCUUAGAACGCGAUGAGAUACUCCAGUGUUUGAAGGAAGGACUUCAGCAAUAUCAGCCUCAGGAGCAAAACAAGGAUGUUGGUGGCGCAACAUACGAAGAGGUCCUGGACGCAGUUCGAGAAGGAUUGGAACACUUCAAGCCGCCACCAAUCGAGACUGACGCAAGCAUUACUCGGGAAGAAAUAUUGAUGACGGUCCGUGAAUGCCUCGAAACGUUUGAAUUUCCUGUUCCACACGUUGAAGCGCCGCGAGAGCCAGAAAUCACCCGUGAUGAAGUCCUUGAUGCUGUCAGAGAAGGCCUGUCUGCUCAAGCACCAAUCUCAAAAGAGAUCGAAUUCAACCGCGACGAUCUCUUCGAUGCAGUCAAAGCGGGUCUUCAAGGUACUCACACGCCAAUGGGCGGUGUCGGUGAGCAAGUUCUGGAGAAGAUGGAGGAGCUCAUUGACGGUAUGAGAAUCGAGUUCAAGCAGUACUCUGAGGCCAACGGUGGCGACACCGAACAGGUUCUGGAUGCAAUGAAAGACAAUCUUGAGGUUCUCCGACGUGAUAUCGAGACCUACGUCGACAGAGCGCAAGAUGUCACUGGUAAAGACGAGAUCAUUGACACUAUGAAACUUGCUCUCAAUCAUUUACGGGACGACUUAGAGGAGACCGUUGCUCAGAAGGCCCAGGCACCCGCUCCAAGCAGUAACGUCGAGCUCUUGGACGCAAUGGAAAAAGAAUUUGAGCAUCUUCGAACGACUCUUGUCCCUCUGCUUCGCUCUGGUGAUCAGAAAGUCGAGCGGGAAGAGGUCCUAGAUGCAAUCCGAGAUGGACUUGAAGACAUGAAGUCAAACGUGCCAAGAGGAGUCGAUCCUGAAGACAGUAGUGCGACGUUGAACGUUGUACGGGAUGAAUUCUCACAUCUGCGCGAAACUCUUGCCACAACACUCAUUCGGGGUGGCUCAUCACUAGACAAGGAGGAGCUGUUAGAAGCUAUUAGGGAUGGGCACGAAUCGUUACGAGCCGACAUUAUCACUAGACAUGAUCGGCCUGAAAGUGUCCUGUCUAGCACGGGCGAAUUGCUAGAUGCUUUCAAUGACGGCUUGGACUCCCUGCGAAGUGACAUGGAAAAGAUGAUCAAUAAGCCACUCGAUAUGACAGUCAACUACGAAAUCCUUGAGACUCUCAAAGAGGGACUAGCUAGUGUUCGCUCAGAUCUUGAUCAAUUGCAGACAGCCCAGAGUAGCACUAGAGGCAUCUCGAGUUCACGUAACGGCGAAGUGGUCAUAGCGGAUCCGGAAGCAGAGCCAACAUACAGAAACGAUAUUGGCAAGCUUGAAAUGAUGAUCACACAGCUGCGCAUCAAGGUUGAAGCGCUUGAUAACAUGCCGCCACCCACAGCGUCCAUAAACAGGGAUGAUUUCGAGACUUUCGAAAAUAUGCUGAGAGAUUUAAAAGUAUCUGUUGAGGGUAUAUCACAUCGGGAUCACUCUACGAAUAUCUCAAGGGACGAUAUUGAAGCGUUUGAAACCCUCUUACGGAAUACUAAGGCUAAGGUUGAGGAUUUUGGCUCAUCUGAAUCGGAUGGUUUUGCUAAGGUCACUCAUAUCGAGACUCUAGAGUCUCUUCUAGGCGAGACGCGAGACGCCGUUGCAGACUUUGAAUCAAAUGGCGCCUCUAAACAUGACAUUGAGACUAUUGAAGAUUUACUUAAAGACAUACGGUCUGGCAUGGAAGAAGUUCGAGGCAAGAGCUCAGAUCUGGACGCUAGCGAGCGAGUCAGCAAAACAGAUAUCGAAGCGCUCGAGACAUUGUGUAUUGACAUGAAGACUCAAAUCGAGGAGCACAUGCCAAAUCCAGAGACUCUAGGUUCAAAAGACGACUUGAGGGAGAUUGGGGAGUCAAUUCAAGAACUUGGUGAUCAAGACAGUCGCCGCUACGAAUUACUAGCUUCAGGCUUCUCAGCUCGCAAAAUUGAGCAUGAUCAUAUGACUCAGUGCAUUGAUGAAGUGAAGUUAAUACUUGAGGAUGUUCGAGAAGAGCUGAAGGCCAGGAUUAAAGAGGACCAUCACAGUGUGAAAGACCUUGCGAAGACUCUGGAUGCCAUCGCUGAGACUGUAAUGGCUGCUGAUGCAACAGCGACUGUUGGAGAAGUGCGAGAGACUAUCGAGAAGGAAUUCGAGGCAAGCCGAAGUGCAUCUGAAAGCAUCAAGGAGCACAACGAGGAGAAUCAUACGAUUCUGCUCGAGAAGCACUCCGACCACAAGCAGGAGAUCAUAAGUGACUUGACAAGCAAGCUGGAUGCACGAUUCGAUGAGAUCAUGACAAAGUAUGACGACGGUCAAUUAGCCGCACAAGCAAAGGAAAAGUUGCUUGAUUCCAAGGACGCGCAAUCCACCGAAGCACUUAAUGCUACUAAGACAGCUGCUGAGGACUUGAGACUGCUUGUGGAUGCUUUGGGCUCAACUGUGACUGACUCAUGCGAGCGGAUGAGCGAGGAUUCCAAGACAGUCUUCGCUCGAGUAGAAGAGGUUGGUUCGAAGCUUGAAGAUCUUGUCGCAGGAGACGGAAAGGCUGAGCACGCAGCUACUCGAGCUGAAGUAGCCCGCACAUUGGCUAGUGUCGAGAGUCUGCAAGCACAUAUUUCCGACUAUGAUCCUAGGAUCUUCGAGGGCAUCAAGGACAUUCUUAACAUCGUCGGCCAGCAUUAUGAGCAGGCUAAGAUGUCGACUGAAGAGAUCAAGACUACAGUCAACGCAAUUCCGGGAGCCAUUCCAUUACCUGCAAUUGCUCCUGUCGCAGAGGCCACAAGGGAAUUACCCUCCUUCGAGAAGUACGACGACACCGGUGUCCAUUCGAAGCUUGACGAGCUCGUCGCUCAUGCGGCCGAAGCUGCCAAAACAGGGGCAGAAUUAGCCGCUCUCGAACAGAUCCGUGAGCAAGUAGCUUCUACAUCCGAACAGCUGAACGACUUUGUUGCUAGCCAACGAGCGUUCCAGGAGCAAGUGGACGCCACUAAAGCCUCAGAAGCUGAAGAAGCAGCUAUAGCUCUCGAAAAACGAGCUGCUCAGAAGUCCAUUGUCGAAUCCGACAUCGUCCACCUCUCUGAAAACAAAGCCAACCUGGGUACGGACGUCGAACAGCUCCUCAAAGAAAAGUCCGACCUCACAUCCCUAAAAUCAAAAAUGCAAGCCGAUCUCUCUUCCCUCGAAACAGCCCUUCUCAUCCGGCGCGAGGAACUCCAGAUCAUGGAGAACAGGGCAGAAAGCCUCGAGCGCCGAAUCCUCGAUAACGUUCUUGAUCAUUCCCGCUCCCUCCUCACCACCACGUCUUCCCGUCCUCCCUCUAGCCUCAAUGAGAUGAACCGUAAGCGCGUAGUCUCGACCGCUAGUAGUAAUGCUACCGCUACCACUGCGACUACGAGAACAGGUCGUCCUACUGCGCCCCCCUCUACAAAUCACAGCACAGUCAGCAGCGGCAUAGGAAUGGCACUCAAACCCCGUAAUAUGCCCAGAAAUUCUGCUCGCAACUCCACUGCUGCAUCCUCUCAGGCAGGUGGCCGUCGGAUUCUCAGCCUUAGCACUCUUUCCGGCAAUCGUGGGGCGAGCAAAGAUCGCGCAAUGGUCCUCGCCAAUCCCGCUAUAGGCAACAAACCUAGCAGUUUGCUAGGUAGCGGGGGUGGUGGAGCAAUGAUGAAGCGCUCUCACUCCGUCAAAUCGAAUUUUCCGUCUCGCAAAUCGAGCUGGGGUGGCAGCAAAGUGUCCGCCUCAGGUAUCAUGUACGCCGAUGAACAACUAGACGAUGACAAGGAAAACAGUGUCUUGGACGAAGAAGAUGAGGAAGGCGUUGAGGCUAGCGAGGCAGGGACAGAAAGGCGAACGAGCUAUUCGGGCACAUACACCGGCACAAUGAGUUCUUACAGCGAAAGCGGGACCGGAUAUUUCGAGGACAGUGAGGGCAAAAGAACAAGUUAUGCGCCCUCCACAGCCGGUACAAUCGGUACGCGAGACUUUGCCCUCAAUGAAGACGAAGACGAAGACCCUGCCGAGCCGGCAGCACCUUCGGCCAUCGGGUCCCAAUCUGAUAUGCUUGAUGCUGCGGCGGAGCAAGAUGCAGGCGAGCAGGGUUUGCUGGGCGCUAGUCAGGAGAGUCUGAUCGCUGGAGAAGCCGGUGGAGCUGGCAAGGGAGAGAGUGAGGGAGGCAUGGUGCUGUAUGGAGAGCAUGGGCAUAAUCAUAGUGAUAGUGGAAUUGGGACUGAUUUGCCUACUGCUGCACUGGAUGUUGGUGGGAUGGAUUAUUUCAAGAAGUGA